UGUGGUAAACACCAUUACCAUUACAUUAAUGACUCUGGAAAGGUUGUCAGAUUAUUUCUUCAUUUGAAGUCCCACCUCCAGAUUACAAGAGCAGUUUGACUCCAUCUCAAAACAUAAACACUUGCAGCCUGCCUGGAUGCGUAAUACGCAGGUCCUCUGGAGAAUCCUACAUUAUGCAUUUAAACAUAUCUGUUAUUUUAAGGCUAAGGUGAAAGGCAGGGUUAUAAGCUGUGGCACAUUUGAUUUGUAAGGAGAUCAUUGGUGCGUAAUGACGGUCACUUACACCGCCAGAGUGGCCAAUGCGCGUUUCUGUGGCUUCUCCAAACUGCUGCUGGUGUGGAAGGGAAGCAUUUAUAAAGUCCUUUACAAAGAGUUUCUGGCUUUCUUCGCCCUCUACACGGCUAUCAGUCUCACAUACAGAUUUCUCCUUUUGGAUGAUCAGAAGAGAUACUUUGAAAAGCUUUCCAUGUACUGCAACCACUACGCCAGCCUUAUCCCAAUGUCUUUUGUAUUAGGGUUUUACGUAACGUUAAUAGUGAACCGAUGGUGGAGUCAGUACACCUCCAUUCCGCUGCCGGACCGGAUCAUGUGCACGCUCUCGGGGGGCGUGCAGGGCGGAGACGAGCGCGGCAGAUUGCUGCGACGCACGCUGAUGCGCUACGCGAGUUUGUCCGCGAUCCUCAUCCUGCGCUCCGUCAGCACAGCCGCAUUCAAGAGAUUCCCGACUAUGGAUCAUGUUGUUGAAGCAGGUUUUAUGACAAGAGAGGAGCGUAAGAAGUUUGAGAGCUUGCACUCACCUUACAAUAAGUACUGGGUGCCUUGUGUGUGGUUCACUAACCUGACCGCAGUCGCUCGAUGUGAGGGCAGAAUUAAAGAUGAUAACACUUACAAACUCCUACUGGAGGAGUUGAAUGAUUUCAGAGGAAAAUGCAGCAUGCUUUUUCACUUUGACAUGAUCAGUGUACCAUUGGUCUAUACACAGGUUGUGACUUUGGCAGUGUACAGUUUCUUCCUGGUGUGUCUGAUUGGUCGUCAGUUUCUUGACCCUAGUCAGGGUUAUCCUGGUCACGACCUUGACCUUUACGUUCCAGUCUUUACCCUUCUGCAGUUCUUCUUCUAUGCCGGCUGGUUGAAGGUGGCAGAGCAACUCAUAAAUCCAUUUGGAGAGGAUGAUGAUGAUUUUGAGACCAACUGGCUUAUUGAUAGAAACUUCCAGGUGUCUAUGAUGGCCGUAGAUGAAAUGUAUGGAGAUUUGCCCAUGAUGGAGAGAGAUCUAUACUGGAAUGACUCGAACCCUCGACCGCCGUACACAGCUGCUACACUCUUCGUGCUGCGCAAACCCUCUUUCCAGGGCUCCACCUUCGAUAUGACGGUCCCUAAAGAGGAGAUGCAUUUUCAGCCUCUGGAGGACAUCGCUGAGAACCGGGAGCAGUCAGCGUUACGAAAUCGCAAUCUAGCACUCUUCAACCGCCUGCUGAGCUCCACCCCAUCCCCAACAGGAUUCAUGAGCGGAGCCUUGCGUCGUACCUCUGCCCAGCUGCACCGAUUGACACGUCCUGCUAGCCACGAUCCUUCCCUUUCAGAGGGGGAGGAGGAGAGAGAGGAGAGCAUGGGGAGAAGCGUAGAAACGGCUGGACUUGGGUUGGACACCACCCAGAGCACCACCUGCAGUUGUGGUGGCACCUGUCCUCCAGUGUCGGCUGUGAUGAUACACCAGGAAAGAGGAGAAGGAAGAAGUGAAGACGAGAAGGGCCUCAAGAAUAGUGUGGAAGAGAACAAAGAUGCAAUGAGAUCAGUUGUGCCAAAAAUACCACCACCCACAUUGCAGACGUCAACCGGGAGACAUCAUCAGUCGGCCAAAACAGCCCGCCAAAGUCUUCUUCUCACCCUGGACCAGGUGAAGCCUCACCUCGACUCUUUAAGUGCCACCAACCGUUCUGUGCCAGACUUCUUCUCUUUUCAGCUUAUCAGUGACAAAGUCAUCACCCCGAAUGUAAAAGCAGAAUCUGGUUUGUCUUUGCUGAAUGUACCAUCGUUUGAAGUCUCGGCCUUUACUGAGAAUUCUGAAGGAGAGUGAAUGGUUAAAAAUGGCCACCUUCCAAUGAUCAAACUGAAGGUGUAAUGGUCAGGUCAGAGGUCACCGGGUCAGUUGGCAAGGUUGGGGAGUGACCCAAUAGACUUUAAUUCUUCUACUUUAUCUUCUGUAAAGCAAAAAAUAUUUAGCAACAUGCUUUUUUAUAGUUUUUUAUAUUUAAAAGUUUUAAAAGCAGUUAGAUAUUCUUAAUGGGGAUAUAUCAUUAAAAUCUGACUUUUUCCAUGUUUAAGUGCUAUAAUUGGGUCCCCAGUGCUUCUAUCAAUCUAAAAAUGUGAAAAAGGGCAACCCAGUAACUUAGUUUUGGUAAAUAAGCAUGUGAAAAAAUUAGGUCAGUGAAAUUUGUCUCCCCUUGUGAUGUCAUAAGGGGAUCUUAUUAUAAUAAUACCGCCCCUUAAUCGGCACCAUCCAAACAUGGCACUACCAUUUAGUGCAGAGAAAGAGAGAAAAAAAUUGGAAAGUUUUAAUUUCAACAAACCACCAUCAUUGUGAUCAGUGUUUUCAUUUCAUCAGCUCAUUUGCAUUUUUAAGGACACACCCCAAAAAACGGCACAUUUUUGCUCAAACCUACAAAGUGGAAAUUUUAACAUGUUAUAAUAAAUUAUCUGUGGGGUAUUUUGAGCUAAAACUUCACAUAUGUACUUUGGGGACACCAAAGAUUUAUUUAGCAUUUUUAAAAAGUCUUGUGACAUGGCACCUUUAAGUUAAAUAUACAAAAUACUACAUAACUAUACUAUUGACUUUUAUAAAAUGCAAAAUUGAUCAGAUAAUUUGAUUACACAUUUAAACUAUUUUUAGAUCUUAAAAAUGAAAAAAUAGUAUGAACAACGAUUUUGACAAGAACAAUAUCAGUAAUCAGCACUGAAUGUCUGAAGUUUUGUCUGAAUGUCUAUAAAAUAGCAACAGUGGCACAUAAGCAGUAAGUCUACCUGAUACAUUUUCUAAAUAUAUAUAAUUUAGAUUUCAAUAAGAACAUUUCAGUAAUAUACUAUGAUAGACAAUGUUUUUGAACAAUAAUCAUCAUCAUAAUUGACUGCUAGCAUACUCCAAACUGUCCACAAGGUGGCAAUGUUGUGUCAUUUUUGUUCGUGAUUGGUUACGAAAGAAAAGGCAAAAUAAACAGCAUUGGAUAUAAAGUCAGCACUACACAUAAAUAUAAUGAUUUUGUGAUGAUCUUUUAUAUAAUAGUAUUAGCUAUUUAUUGUUUUUAUAUUAAGAAAAUGUAAUUGUUAAAUGAACUACUGUGUACAUUCAGUUAAUUAUUAAACUGUGAAUUAUCACGCUGUCAAUCCGUUUAAUAGCAUUUUAAUAAAAAGCCAGCAGAAAACCUGAGAAAAAAAUUGGUUUGGUGUGAUUGGGAAAGUACAUGACAGGCCAAACCUGAAUCUCCUGAUCUCAUUUGGGAAAGUAAACACACGGAAUUCGACUGCACGUGCUAAUUAAUUCUAAAUGACGCAAUAUUGAUGUCAUACAAUGAUUACGUCAAUAAAAGGAGAUUUUUUUUCUGGUAUCUGUUUUAGACACAGUUUUCACCAUCAUGUAAUGUCU